AUGACGCAAACUCCCCUCAAAAAGGUCUGCCUCAUAGGCGCAAAUGGCACUCUGGGCUCCGUCAUUCUCCAGGCGCUCGUCGACGCAAACUGCUUCGACGUGUCCGUCCUUCAGCGCUCAAACUCGUCUUCUUCCACCACCUUCGGGCCCUCAGUCACCCGCUUAGUCGCCGGCCCUGAUCUCGCCGUCGAAGAGCUCACAGAAGCUCUCAAAGGCCAGGAUGCCGUCAUCGCCGCGUUCCCACUAGGCCAGGGCGACCAGCAUCUCCGACUCGUAGAAGCUGCAUUCAACGCCGGUGUCAAGCGCUUCAUCCCAGCCGACUUUGGGAGCUGCGACGCCAGCGACGCAGAGCCGCAAAAGUACCUGCCGCUGUAUCGCAAGAAGACGGCGGUGCGCGAAAAGUGCGAGGCUCUGGCCGCCCAGGACGGCACGGCCUUUUCAUGGACGACUCUUGUGUGUGGACACUUCUUCGAUCAUGGGCUGCGCGACGGGCUGCUGCACUUCAACUUUGAUACCCGCACGGCUCAGAUCCUAGACGGAGGCGCCAUCAGGGCUUCGACCUCGACGCUGCGCCGCAUCGCAGAGGCAACUGUCCGCAUCCUCCAGAGGCCUGUCGAGACUCGCAAUCGCGCGCUCUAUGUCCAGAGCUUCAAUCCGACGCAGCUUGAGAUUGUGGCUGCUCUGGAGAAGGCCAUGGGCGAGAAGUGGCACGUUCAACAUGUCGAUUCAAAGCCGUACUUGGCAGAUGCUCAGAAAAGGCUGGGUAGCGAUGAUGAAAAGGCUGUUUUGAUCGCCAUAGAAGACAUUGUUUUUGUGCUGGGAGCUCUGGACGCCGAUUGGACAAAGAGGGAUGGGUUUGCGAUGGAGUUGCUUGGUUUGAAGGAUGAGAAUCUGGAAGAUGUUGUGAACGAGGUGGUUGCCGCGUAUAGAGCCGAGACUUCAUCGGCAUGA